CCCAUCCCGGCUCGGACCCUGCUGCCACGGAUGCCCGGCGCUGGGCAGUGCUACACCCCUGUUUGGCCAAGGCUGUCCUGGAGCCUCGGGGCCAAAGGGUGACGUGCCCGGCCCCACGUCUCCAGCAGAUACGGUUUUGAUAAUAGAGGGAGGGGUCGCGAAGCGCCCGGGCUGGGCCACAGUGCCACCACCACUGCAAAUAUUAGUUUUGGCCCCAUACAGGGUGUGGGCUCUCCCUGUGGCAGCCAGCUCCCAGAUAGGGCUGCCGGCCCACAUCCCUCUUUCUGGAGGAGUGGGUCUUGUCCCCUUGCAAACCCUUGGGCUGGCAGCCCCAGGGCACAGGAGCCCCUCGCAGCAGUGGGGGGCAGAUGCCCUCUCUGGGCCCAGCUGGGGUCCCACACACAGGCAGUGCUGCACCCUGACAUUUGCCCCACAGCAUCUCUGGAGCUGUCUGUAAUUUUUCGGGAGCUGACAUACUAAAUUGCUGCUCUUGGGUGUCCAUGGGAGGCAGCUGAAGCCAGGCUGAGCAGGAGCAGCAGCACUUGGUGCAGGACUUGGCCUGGUCAGAGGCUGCUGCUCUGCUCCACUCUCAGCUCCUGAGGGCACUACCAAGGCAUGGAGGGGCUGUGGGUGCAUGGUGUCCUGCUGAUCUUCCUGCUGCCCUGCCCUGUGGGGAGCCAGACCAGCUCCAUCCCUGGCCAGCGAUGGUGGACAGACCCCGAUGAGGCCCCAUCCCAGCACCAAGCUGCCAGGACCACACAGGAGCAGAAGGCUGAGGAUGCCCAGGAGGGGCUGCCCCCACAGCCCCGCUGUGUCCGCUGCUGCCCCCCACCCGAAAAGCGCUGGUACCCCCAGUCCCAGCCCAUGCCUCAGAUCAACAUGACCAUCCUGAAAGGAGAGAAGGGGGACCGCGGUGAGCGUGGCAUGCAGGGCAAGUUUGGCAAGACGGGGGUGGCCGGCAGCAGGGGCCACGCAGGGCCCAAGGGACAGAAGGGCAGCAUGGGCGCCCCCGGGGAGCGCUGCAAGAGCCACUACGCCGCCUUCUCUGUGGGCCGCAAGAAACCCCUGCACAGUAACGACUACUACCAGACCCUCAUCUUCGACACGGAGUUUGUCAACCUCUACGACCACUUCAACAUGUUCACGGGCAAGUUUUACUGCUACAUCCCCGGGAUCUACUACUUCAGCCUCAAUGUGCACACCUGGAACCAGAAGGAGACGUACCUGCACAUCAUGCGCAACGGGGCGGAGGUGGUGAUCCUCUACGCCCAGGUGAGCGACCGCAGCAUCAUGCAGAGCCAGAGCGUCAUGCUGGAGCUGAAGGAGCAGGAUGAGGUGUGGGUGCGGCUCUACAAGGGUGAGCGUGAGAACGCCAUCUUCAGCGAUGAGUACGACACUUACAUCACUUUCAGCGGCCACCUCAUCAAGUACAGUGGGGACCCCUGAGCACCAGGCCCCUGCACUCCUCCUGUGCCAGGCCAGGUGGCCAAGGAGCCCCUGUCCCUCUCAUCCCAGGAGUGCCACCCCCAUUAUGCUGUUAGUCACCCUAGUGCCACUACCCCCAGCAGCUGCACCAGUGUGUGAAUUCCCUCACUCCAGCGUCUCAAGGCUAGCUAGACACAAUUGGAAGAGUUGGAGCAAUUUUAAUCCCCUGCCACUUUAGUGACCAGGAAGCAGCUGCUCACCUGGGGUGGGCAGGGAGCUCAGCCCCUGUCCCACACCAGAGCCAGGUUUGCCAGGCACAGCCUGAGCUGGCCGCAGCGGAGCAGUGUGCGAGGCAGAGCAGACACUUGCACCGUGUCUCUCCUCGUGCCAGCCCGUGCUCCCCGGCUGGAGCGGGCAGAGGGUGCUCAGCACCAUCCGGAAAGGCAUAAACCACUAAGGGCCCUCUUUCCUUUCACGGUGCAGGUGUUGCAGUGCGGGGCCGGGUACCCCUGUGGGGAGGGAAUUGCGUCAGUUCCCUCUGCAGAUUCCGUCACUGCUCGCCGCAGCCUCUGCUCAGGAAGGGCUCUCUCCCCACCAGCAGCUCUGGGCGGGGGGGCCUUUGGCCUCAGCCACUUCCUCUUCCGUCAGGUUAUGUGCUGGCCAGGCUGCGUGUUUGUGUAGAUGCAGCAGUAGCAUGGGCCAGCAUGCUGACCUCUCCAUUCAGCUCAUACCGCAUUAAACACCUCACAUUUCCAGCCUUGCUCACA